AUUUGAUCAAUUAAGAAAUUUAGAAGUUAGACUUGCUGGUUGUUUUUUUGAUCCUAAAAAUGGCAUAGUUUCAAAAAGAUGUUUGAGCAACCUCGAUGCUAAAAGCUCUCUUUUAGAUGUUUAUUGCCGUGAUAAAAAAGAACAUAGAUACAUUGUUGAAAUUGUGACAUCGGGAAUUUCAACUAACAAAGAGAAUAGCGCGCUUCAACUAUUCGAUAUCAGUGUAGAACAUUCAAAGCUUAAGCCAGUAACUCUACUUGCUAUCGCAAAUAAACUUUUUCCUAAAGGGGUUGAAUGCAUUAGUUAUCAUACCAAUCGUGAAAAGAAAACCAAAUAA